AUGAUUCUCAUCUGGCAGAAGCUGCACAAGGACAGCCAAGAAGAUUACGGCACUCUCAGCAGUCUUUUUGCUCGCAUUGGAUGCUCCAAGGCGAAGAAACCGAAGAAUGACAUGCACACAUGUCAAGCUGCCUUCCUAGCAGGCUGUAAGGAAUUUGACAUUGAAGGACCCGAUGAUGAGAUCAAAGACAAAGAGGUAAACCAAUCUCUGCUGAGUAGUGUGGCCCAGACAGUGACAGUGAUAGACAGUGGAGAUAAAGUGCACGGGUAUGCUCGAGUGCUAUGUCAUUUCGCCUCCUUAGUACUGCUGUUUGUGGAUGCCUGGAAAGAAGGAGACGGUGAGCGUGUUAUUAGGCUGUGGAAGAUUUUAAUGCUCCACUUUCAUGCUGAGAAAAAGACAAAAUAUGCACUAGAGGCACUUAGGCUUCAAUUUCAACUUGCCACUCUCCAGCCAUACCUCUCUCAUCAGCUGACCUGGGGCCGCUUCAUCAACACUCAUGGCGGCCUAGGACGGAACAUCCCAUGUGAUCUCCACAAUGAGCACAUAAACAAGCUUUACAAGAACAUCAUCUCGAACAUGGGUGCCAACUUUACGAAGACUGCCAGCACUUGGGCAGCACGAUCCGUAUCGUCUCUUCAUCGAAUCUCCAUGGCCUUUGACAAGCAGACUAACAUCCACCGUGAAGCAACAGCUCACAGCACGAGGUCAGAUGAGAAGGACGUCAAGACAGUUGUAGCUGUGCUUCAGAAGGCUGAGGUCCUCAGCGUUAUUGUGAACCGGUCUCACAGAAUGUUCCCUAAAUUCUCCCCAGACCCCCUGCAUCAAUUAAACAGAGAAAAAAUGAGCACAUGGAUCAAGAGGAAGGCUAAAGAAUACACAAGGAGCGAAACCGCUAUGAGAAUUGACUCAGACACCGAGGAUGAGGACGUGUAUGGUGCCACGUACGGACUUGAUGAUAUACUUGAUGAUAUACCAGCCUCAGAUAUUUUUGACUCAGACACCAAGGAUGCGGACGUGUAUAGUGCCACGUACGGACUUGAUGAUAUACAAGCCUCAGAUAUUUUUGAAUAUGAUGGUAUUGAGGCCUGA